CUCAUAUAUCCUUCAUAGCAACAAGACAAGUUUCUUUUUUAUAUGUUUUUUUUUGUGUGCAACAGUUUCUUUUUAUAUAACAUCUUGUUUUAUCAUCUUCCUUCUUCAAACAUAACAUGGAUAUUAAUUACACAUCAUGUUCUUAUGUCUUUUUCACAUUAAUUACAAUCUUCCUUCUCCAAAGACUCUUCACCUCCUCCACACGCCGUGGACUUCCUCCAGGACCAAGAGCCCUUCCCAUUCUCGGUCACAUGCAUCUCCUCCGUUCAAGCCUUCCACGAUCUCUACAAGCCUUAUCUCAAACGCACGGUCCUCUCAUGAACAUACGCAUCGGAUCACUACAAGUCCUCGUCGUCUCAGAUUCCGACACAGCCAAGCAAAUCCUCAAGACUCACGACCCUGACUUCGCUUCCAAGUUCGUCUUCGGUCCGAGACAUUUCAAUGUAUACAAAGGAGCAGAGUUCUUCAACGCACCUUAUGGACCUUACUGGAGGUUCAUGAAAAAGCUUUGCAUGACUAAGCUGUUCGCUGGUUAUCAGCUCGAUCGUUUUGUUGGUAUAAGAGAAGAGGAGACGUUAGCUUUGCUUAGAUCGCUCGUUGAGAAGUCGAGGAACGGAGAGGCGUGUGAUCUCGGUUUAGAGUUUACUGCUUUGACCACGAAGAUCUUAUCAAAGAUGGUUAUGGGGAAACGUUGCCGCCAGAACUCGAAUCUUCCUAUAGAGAUAAGGAGGAUCGUGAGCGAUAUCAUGGCUUGCGCCACAAGGUUAGGGCUCAUGGAGCUGUUUGGACCGUUGCGAGAUCUAGAUGUGUUUGGUAAUGGUAAGAAGCUUAGAUCCUCCAUUUGGCGGUACGAUGCGUUGGUUGAAAAGAUACUGAAGGAUUAUGAGGACGGUAAGAGCGGUAAUGAUGGAGAGAAAGAUAAAGACAUCGUAGAUAUCUUGUUGGACACGUAUAACGACCCUAAAGCCGAACUCAAACUGACUCUGAAUCAGAUCAAAUUCUUCAUCCUUGAGUUGUUCAUGGCGAGCCUAGACACGACUUCUGCAGCUUUACAAUGGACAAUGACCGAGUUGAUAAACCAUCAAGACAUCUUCACAAAGAUCAGAGAAGAGAUCAAAUCUAUUUUAGGAAACACUCAUCGGUUAAUCAAAGAAUCAGACUUGCAGAAGCUUCCUUACCUGCAAGCAGCUAUCAAGGAGACAUUAAGACUACAUCCAGUGGGGCCAUUACUACGCAGAGAAAGCAACAGAGACAUGAACAUCAAUGGGUACCAUGUAAAAUCCGGGACAAAGAUCUUUAUAAAUGCUUACGGGAUAAUGCGUGAUCCGAGGACAUACAAAGAUCCAGACAAGUUUGUGCCAGAGAGGUUUCUUGUGGUGGAAGAAAACACAGAGAGAAAGAUGGGUUAUCAUUACCAGCAGUAUAUGUUGGAGUUAAAAGGUCAGGAUGUGAAUUAUCUUGCGUUUGGGAGUGGAAGGCGAGGGUGUUUGGGAGCUUCUCAUGCAUCUUUGGUGCUGAGUCUCACAAUAGGAUCAUUAGUUCAGUGUUUUGAUUGGACUGUGAAGGGAGAUGAAGAAAAAUUCAAGAUCAAGUUACCAACGGGCUUCUCGGCAUCAGGGACAGCUGGAGGAAGUUCACUUAUGUGUUCUCCUAAAUUAUAUUUUGAUCCAUUUGGAUAAGUAACUCAAUCAUAGAAACAUUCUCAAGAAGUCAGAAACAUAUAUUGCUCUGUUUGUACUCUGUUUUCAUAAGCGUCAGACUUCUGAUGAAAAGAACU